CAAAAUUUCAAAAUAAAUAUACAAGGUGAAAGUUCAUUAUACUAUGUAAUGUAUUCAAAUAUAGGUACGAAUUAACAAAUACACGUCGAUCUAGAAUUGUAAUGAUUCCAUUAAAACAUCAAUAUUUGAUAUAAAUAAAAGAAUGCCUGACGGAAGAGUUUGUCCAGAUCAGUUUCGUGGUUAUUUAUGGAAAUGGACAAAUUAUAUAAAGGGCUAUCAAAAAAGAUGGUUUGUUCUCGCAAAUGGGUUAUUGUCCUAUUACAGAUCUCCAGCAGAAAUGAAUCAUACUUGUAGAGGUACAAUAAAUUUAGCUGGUGCAUUUAUUGAUACUGUUGAUUCGUGUUCAUUUGUAGUUAAUGGAGGAAGCCAAGUGUGGCAUUUACGAGCAGGCUCUGAAAUAGAACGACAGCGUUGGGUUACUGCUUUAGAACUUGCUAAAGCUAAAUCUAUUAAAAAUCUUGCCUCUGAUGAUGAUUCUGAUAGUGACUCUGAGGAAGAAAUAACAAUAAAAGUUAUUGGUAGCAAGUUAGAUGAUUUAACAAUAAGUAACAAUCUAGUGAAUAAUCAUGGAGGUGCACUUCAAAAGGCAAUUAGUGAUUAUGUUGAACGUAAAAGCCAAACUAAUGUUGAAAAAAAAAACAAGGAAAGCAAAGAACAAAGUCUUAAAUUAAUCAAUGAAAAAGCUCAGCUCUUUAGAAUUACAUCAAAUGCUAUGAUGACAGCCUGUGCAGAUUUUUUAGAACUUGCAAAAACUUAUGAGAAAAAAUUUUCUCGUUUAAUAAAUGUUGAGCGAGGCAAAAGAUUGCGAUUAGAGGAGACUGUUGAAACAUUGGCUAAGCAACAUAUACAGUUAGAGAGAGCUUGUGAAAUAGAAAAGGUGAAAGAAAGUUACAAAUCAGUUGCCCAUUUAGAAAAUCCAGAAAAUCCUAAUAUACUACCAUUAGGAGUUAGUUCCCGUGACGAAGGAUCAGAAGAAGAGGACGAUCAUUUUGAAGACGCAAUAUCUGAUUUGCCAGAACAUUUUUCUACAAACAAUGAAACAAAUUUUAUGACUGAAAAUUUUGAGGAGGAUUCCUUGUCUGCUAAUGACAAUUCGUCUGUAGAUUUAACUUUACAACAACCAAAAUAUUUCAUGGACACAGAAAUUAAACGAGCUCACUCUGAUCAAGCUAUUAGCGAUGUUAAACCAAGUGGUCAUAAGAGAUGGUUAUCUGAAGAUGUUACUGCUGGAUCAUUUGGAGCAUUGGAAGUUAAUAAAGGCAAAUAUCGAACACAUAUUAAGAACCGUCCAAAUGUUAACUUGAAUCUCUGGAGUAUUAUGAAAAAUUGCAUCGGAAAAGAACUAACAAAGAUUCCAAUGCCGGUCAACUUUAAUGAACCUCUCUCAAUGACACAACGUUUAACUGAAGAACUUGAAUACUCAGAUUUAUUGGACAGGGCAGCUUGUUGUGAAAAUUCUCUCGAGCAGAUCUGCUACAUUGCUGCUUUCUCUAUUUCUUGUUACGCAUCCACUGCUGUUCGAACUGGUAAGCCAUUUAACCCUCUGUUAGGAGAAACUUACGAAUGUGAUCGCAAUGAAGACUUGGGUUGGCAAUCUCUUGCUGAGCAGGUUAGCCAUCAUCCUCCAUCAUUGGCACAUCACGCUGAAGGUCGUGGAUGGACUCUGUGGCAAAAUUUUACUAUGAGUAGCAAAUUUAGGGGUAAAUAUUUGCUGGUAUCACCAAUAGGUACUGCUCACUGCAAAUUCGCUAAGUCUGGCAAUCACUACACAUGGAAGAAAGUAACAACAACUGUUAACAAUAUUAUAGUGGGAAAACUUUGGAUUGAUCAGUCCGGAGAAAUGGAUAUAAUAAAUCACACUACAGGUGAAAAGUGCAACCUAAAGUAUCAUUCCUAUAGUUAUUUUUCUAGAGAUGUUCCUAAAAGGGUAACAGGUUGUGUUUUUGACAAAAAUAAUGUGACACGUUAUGUUUUGUCUGGAAUAUGGGAUCAAAAAGUUGAUUGUGCAAAAGUUAUUUAUAAAGAGCCAAAUAUUGGGAAUGGAAAGCAGCCGCAAGGAAUGCCUACUUCAAAAUCAAGCAACCCAAAUACUUUACCCUCACAGUUACUAUGGGCAAAGAAACCAUUGCCUAGUGGAGCAAAACUAAUGUAUUACUUUUCGGAGUUUACCUGUUCUUUAAAUCAAGAAGAAAAAAAUGUGUGCCCAACGGAUUCUCGAUUUCGUCCUGAUAUUCGUUUGAUGGAACAACAAAACUUUGACGAAGCAAAUACUGUAAAAUUAGCUCUCGAAGAAAACCAACGUCUUCGUCGAAGGCAGCGAGAUUCAGACGCUCAAAUUGCUGGGCAAGAAGGGCAUGUAUGCGAAACAUACAAACCUACUUGGUUUGAGUACACUGAGGACGAACAAUCUCCAGAUGUAGGCAUUUAUGUGUAUAAGGGUGGGUAUUGGGAGGCAAAGGUUAAGCAAGACUGGAGUCACUGUCCGGAUAUAUACACAACGUCAUCUUCAUCAGUAGCAUUGUAAAACAUUAUAAAUAGUUUUACACACUGGUUGCUACCUUCACUUAAGGCUAUCCAUAAGUCAGUUUAUGGUUAGCUACCUAUGAGUCGCUAAUUGUUGCUACUUGUAAUUGUUGAAUCUUCUAAUUUGAGUGGUUUUUGAAUAAUAGUUCAACCUACAAUAAUUUAUUUUAAUGCGAGUUUGAUGAACCGUAUCGGUGCAAAUUUUAUGGACAAUAUAUAUUGGAAUUGUUGUUUAUAAAAACAUUUUAUUUGUCCUAGAAUAACUAAUCGCGCAAUACUAUUUAUUUUAUUGCAUGCAUGAUUUGUCUUUUCUCAUCACAUUCAUAAAAAUUACGUUUUGAAAUUUUACUUGACAAUAGUUAAGUGAUUCAUUUUUUAUUCUUUAGUAAGUUACUUGCGGAGUUCUUUAAAGUUCAUUUUUUUUCAAUAAUUAAAAGACUAAAAUUUCUAACCGUAUUUUGCAGAAAUAAAAAUCUAAGCGGUUAAUGAAUUAAAUUUCAUUUUAAAUUAAUAAAUUCUCUGAUGGGUUAUUAUAUAUUAAUAACAAUUUAUAGAGACCUUUCCAAAAUAAUUAUUGCGUAGUGCGUUACUCUACCAUUUCUAACCUUUUUUUUUUGUGUGUGUGUAAAAUCAACUUCCAAAUAGCUGUUUCAUUAUAGUCUUUGCAUUGCGCAAUAAAAUAUGGGAAAAGUCUGUUAAAUUUGAAGUUGUUGAAAAUAUAUUAUUAAGUUUCUGACCUGCAAUGGAGGUUCUUACCAUAUUUUUAAAGUGAAAUUUCUAGAAUAUUCGUUAUAUUUUUAUCUCAAUGGUGUAGUUUUUAUGAAUUAGUAAUCUUACAAUUUGGAAUUUAUAUUUUUACAAAUAUUAUACGAAAUGAAAUUGUUUUUUAAGCUUUUCGUAAUAUAUUGUUGUAAUGACAUAUUAUAUUGUUGCA